AUGAAGGGUAUAACGGCAAUGGUGGUGGUUCAGAUAGCUUCGGCAGGAUUGAACAUUUUGUUCAAGCUUUCCGUGGAAGAUGGUAUGAAUCCAAGAGUUCUCGUGGCUUAUCGUCUCUUCUUCGCUACACUUUUCAUGUUUCCCAUGUCCUUCAUCUUUCAAAGGAAGAAGAGGCCAGAGUUCACAUGGAGACUACUCUUACUAGCUCUUCUCUCGGGAAUACUCGGGAUGGAGAGUGUACGGCUUGGAUCGAGCGAAGGGAAGGCUAAGGUUGUUGGGACAAUGCUUGGUGUUGGUGGAGCUCUUGUCUUUAUAUUCUACAGAGGAAAAGCCAUUCAUCUAUGGUCAACUCACGUUGACCUUGUGAAUCAAACAAGUGAUUCUACCACCCACCACAUUUCCUUCUUCGGCGCUCUUCUAGUUUUUGGCGGUAACCUUUCCUACUCACUUUGGCUACUUUUGCAAGUUAAGAUAGGCAAAAAAUUUGGAGGGCCUUAUUGGAAUGCAACACUAAUGAACAUGAUGGGAAGCAUAGUUGCUGUGAUUCUCGCUCUUAGCUGGAAUGUAGAUUGUAAGGAAUGGAGAUUAGGAUGGAACAUCAGACUCUUAACUAUAGCUUAUGCGGCAAUUGUGAUUUCCGGGAUGGUUGUAGCGGUUAACGCAUGGUGCAUUGAGUCUAGAGGGGCAUUAUUUGUAUCGGUAUUUAGUCCUAUAGGACUUGUGAUCGUAGCACUUGUUGGAUCAUUUGUUCUAAAUGAAAUACUUCAUUUGGGGAGCAUAGUUGGUACCGUGAUUAUCGUGGGAGGAUUAUACCUUGUGCUAUGGGGUAAAAACAAGGAAAUGAAGAGUAUCAAUCCAACAACUGAUCAUAAUGAAACAAAUAAGACUAGCAAAGACAUCACCCUCAACAACCUCCCCACAUUAAGUACAAAUGUUCCUUGA